AUGCCUUCUGCUACUCCCCGCCGUGGCUUCCUUGCCUCUGUUCGCAACUUUGUCGCUGAGCCACAUCCUCAUGCGCGCCGACCUGUCAGCCAAGCUGCCCACUCGGUGCAAUCUUCUGUCUAUCUGAGACGAGUCGGUCGCACGGGCAUUGCAUAUGUCCCUGCUGCUGCCGUUCUCCUUGGCUGGCCCAUCUUGGCCCACGCCCUCCUGAAGGAGCGCGUCUAA